AUGACGAUCACCUUACAAGAUGUGGCAGGCAUAUUGGGCUUGCCGACUGACAGCACUGUCGUCACCGGAUCGACCCCCGAGGAUUGGCACGCUGCUUGUGCUGCUGUUUUUGGACAUGUUCCAGAGGCCGGUGAGUUCCAUCAUUCCGGCGACCUCCGCAUCUCAUUCUUGGAUCGACAUUAUACCCGGUGGACUGAUCAUGAGGGGAAUCACACUGCCGGGAUCUACUUCACAAAAGCCCGCAUUGCCCAGAUGUUGGGGACUUGGUUGUUGGCGGACAAUUCUGGAGGUAGCAAUUUUGGUUGCCGGCUUGUCCCGUUGCUAGGUGGAGGAUUUGAGGACAUUGGCCGAUUCAGCUGGGGAUCUGCGAUUUUGACACACUUGUUCAGGAAUUUGUGUGAAUUGACAGAUGCCCGUCGAACUGACAUGGGUGGUUGCCAUAUUCUCCUUCAAAUUUGGGCAUGGAUACGAUUCCCACCAAUUGCUCCACCCCUUCCUCCUCAUCCAGAGCCGGGCACACAUUAUGGAUGCCAGUUUAAUACUGUAGAAAAGUUUAAACCUCAUGAGGUCACCCAUUAUCGGGCAACAUUGGACACACUCUGUAGAGAUGAGGUGGUGUGA